AUGGACGAUCGUUGGUUGCGAUUGGUGGUGCUAGCUGUCGGAGUCGCAGCAGCAUUCACUGAACCGAAUUCCAAUUUGAAAGCUCGUAUCAAUCUUUCUGCAUUCAAAUUCUUCUCCAAAACUGCACAUCAUGUGGUGGAUGUUGAAGUGCCGAAGAUCGUUCUACCUGAUAUAACCUUAGACAUUCAUGCCGGGCCUGGGACGGGGAAAGUCUCGGCGUACGAUCUGAAAAUCACGAAGUUCCAAUCUCCAAAAUUUGACUUUCUUCUAAGCGAGGACGGAUUGUCAUGGUCCUCCCAGGAAGGAGCAGUGAAAAUGAAAGGAAAAUGGGAUGCAGAGUAUACCUUAUUGGUUCCGUUUCAAAGUUCCGGAUGGAUGGAUGUGAUGGCGGCCGAUAUUCGCUUAAAUGUUUCUGCAAAAAUUAUAGCACUUGCGGAUCGACCACAAAUCACCCUUGGCGACUGCGCGGUUGAUGUUGGCUACUUUGAUAUUACAAUCGGUGGUGGUGUUCUACCGUGGUUGGUGAAUUUGUUCCGUGCUGAACUUUCUCGUGCAAUAAGGAAGACUAUUCAUGAUGAGGCUUGUGAAGUGGCUCGUUCUAUUCUACUGAUCAAUUUCAAUAAUUUUCUACUUUCUCUUCCUUUACAUCUACCGAUUGGACAGAACUUUUACAUCGAUUAUGCUGUGCAACAAAAUCCUAACUUUACCAGCUCGUAUGUGGAAGCUCAAGCUACAGCUGAAAUUGUAUACGGUGCGCAUUCGUGCCAUCCAGAAAAAAUUGAACAGUGGACAGAAGCUGGUCUGGUUCCGAAAAUGGUGGUGGUUUGGGUGAGUGAAAGCGUUGCGAACUGUUUGCUUAACAGUGCUCAUGAAGGGAAACUCAUUGAAUUCCCUGUGACCAAGGACAUUCCUUCCAUCGCUUCUUACCUGAGGACAAGUUGCUCAGUGGUUUCAAUUUGCAUCGGUCGGUUUUUCAAAAAGCUUCGUAGCGAAUAUCCUGACCAAUACGUGGAUCUUCAUUUCCAUACCUUUGAAGCACCAUUUGUGCGAAUGCAGAAGGAUGCCAUAAAGAUUAACACCACCUUCGCUAUUGAUUUUCACAUAAAUCCUCUCAAAGAACACCCAAAAUCGCUUGCCCGACUAGUGCUCGAAUCGUCAUCCUCUAUUGUUCCGGAGAUCGUUGAGAAUAGGUUAACAGGUAAUCUUACCGACACUCAUAUCGACGUUCGCGAGGACUUCUCAGACAUUGGCGAAGUUUCCCAAACAUUCCUGAACAUUUUCGAGAAGGUGUUCGCCCUUACCACUCGCGUGUUGGUCGAGUCCAUACUUCACAAAGGUGUCCCUCUUCCGAUUUUUGACAACGUCACAAUAUCAGGAGCGUCGGAAAUUCAUAUAUUCGAUCACUAUGUUCGCUUGAAUGCUGACAUCGAGUUCGAUUGA